AUGGGCCAAAACGCCAUGAAGUACGAUGGUUUACCCGUCAAUCUCUUACAAUCCCAGGAACAGAAUGUCCUCCUCGAACGUCUUGAUGAAUUACGUCGGCUAGGACUGCAUCAUCAAGUCUUCUCUCACACCCUCGUUAUCUGCGGCGACCAAAACUCCGGCAAGUCAGCGGUAUUCGAAGCCAUCACCGGCGUCCCUUUGCCAGUCAACAAUGGAGUCUCAACUCGGUUCGUCGUGGAAGUGGUUCUUCGCAGAGCAACAACUGUCGGCACACAAAUUAAGAUCCGCCCCGGACCAAAUGCUUCACCAGAUCACAAAAGCAAACUUGGGGUAUUCUCUCGCUCGCACGACUGGCUAUCGGAUAUACCCAGGCUCUUCUCGGAAGCUCGUCUAAUCAUGGGCCUUACUCGCGAGGGAAGCUAUUCAGAGGACGUCCUACAAUUAGAGAUGUCCGGCCCGACACUACCCAAUCUUACAGUCGUUGACCUGCCGGGUUUGAUGUAUCUACCCCGUGAUAAUCAAACUACCGCGGACAUCGCAGUCGCCAAGAGCCUCACCCUAACCUACCUACAAAACCCACGCAGCAUCAUCCUUGCUGUCAUUUCUGCAGAACGCCAGCUCUCAGAGCAAAUGGUACUACCCAUGACAAGGAGUUCUGCGGCUCGAACACUGGGCAUUAUUACCAAACUUGACCGCCUAGACCCUGACGCCUCUACUAUUGCCAAGGCAUUUGACCGCGUCAAGCAACAACAUAACUCGCUUCAGCUUGGAUGGCAUCUACUACGGAAUUCGGAUAGCGAAGGAGCCGAACGGCCCGUGAGGGUUAGCCGUGAUGACGUCGAGGAACUCUUCUUUGCUACUGCAACACCGUGGAGAACUCUGCCUCUUCAGUUCCUUGGCGUUGGUGCUCUUCGGAGUAGGAUCCGUAAAAUAUUGUUGGCGGAGGUCAAGCGUCACCUUUCUGUGCUUAAGUCAGAUAUCAAUAUCGAUCUUGAUACCCAUCGUUCUUUAUACGAAAAGCUUGGAGCUUCACGUAACACGACAGUGGAACGUCGCGUGUAUCUGGCCAGAAUAGGGGAAAGGUAUCAAUCCCUUACGAAAGAUGCCAUUCACGGGGAAUAUCAUGACCCAUAUUUCAGAUAUCGUCCAACUCAUUCUAUACGGCGGUUGCGUGCUACGAUAAGUAACUGGACAGAAGAGUUCUCUCAAGAUAUGAGAAGGCGUGGUCACAGUUAUAACAUUUAUGAUGAUGCUGAACACACAGAAGUGCCUCCACGGACGAAGGAUGGACCGCAGCCUGUGACGAAGAGUGAAUUUAUGAGCGGACUUGAAGAGUUUGUAAAACAGAGCAAGGGCCGCGAAAUAUCAGGUCUAAUGAAUGCCCAAGUUGUUGGCGAAUUGUUCAUUCGAUACUCUCUUCGAUGGAAGGAAAUUGCUAAGGCUUAUGUCUUCCAGAUGUGGGCAAAAAUCAAGCAGUUUCUUACCGACCUUCUACAUCAUAUUGCGGAUGCCAGCUUUGGAGAAGCUUUGAUUCACAAAAUAUUCAAUAUCGAAAUGGAAAAAAAAUUGCAGAAACUGCAAGAAAAGAUUGACGAGCUCGUGGCUCCAUUCAAAAGGGUCAUACCGACAAUCGUUGAUCCGGAGCUUAAUAUAAGAAUCUCUCAGAUACGGAGAGCAGCCAAUACCGGUAUCAAAGCUAUCAGUAUUAGCGCAAUGCACUCAGAGAUAUUGGACUGUAUGCUGGCGUAUUAUUCAGUAUCUCUCAACAACUUCAUCAACAAUAUUGUGAGCCUGGCUGUUGAAGGCUGUCUUAUCGAUGGUUUGGAGGAUAUGAUCACACCGUCUAAAUUCGUUCAGAUGUCUGACGAUGAAAUCGAAGAUAUUGCAUCCGAGUCUCAAGAUGUUAAACUCGCUCGAUCAAGGCUUGAGAAACAGGUUCGCAUGCUUGAACUCGCUGCAGCGGCCUGUACUCGCUGUGAGCUUGUCGCUCUCGAAGCUACGUCGGGUGCCAACCGAAUUUCCACUGAGUCGAAGGACAGCGAGAAGACUAUUGGCUCUGGAGCAUCAUCUCCAUCAUCUACCACAUCGGGAUCGGACACUGAAAAAUUACAAGUGCGACAGGAACCUCAUUCCGCAUCCUCUGGUAGGCAAAAUAGUAAUGGACAAGGCAGCAUGCUGAGGGCAUUUCCCUCGCAAUCCACACACCCGGACAAACAACUGCUCACCAGCGCAGUUUACAGACCUCCAACUGCAGGUACGCAUCCGGCCAAUGAUAAAACGCUUUCGCAUUCCUCAUCCCGUGGUGAACUCCGGCGGAGCGACUCAAAAUCCAAAUUUGGAAAAAUUAUUCCGAAAAAACAAGUGCCGAAACUCGCCUCUUCGAUUUCUGAGGAGUAA